AUGGCCACACAAACGCAGACUGUGAGCGAGACCGAGGUUACACGGACAUUUGCUGCUCAGUUUGAGACCAAAGACCUCGUCACGUUUGACACCAGCAAGCAUUACGGCGACUGGCGCGAUGAGUUCCAUAAGAAUGGCUGCGUGGUCAUUAAGAAUGUGAUCAGUCCAGAGCGCGCCCAGUACUACUGCGAUAAACAAAUCGAAUGGCUCAAGAAGUUUGAUCUUGGCUUUGAUGAAAAGGACCCAUCAACAUGGACUGCCGAUCACCUUCCUGUCAGCUUCAAGGGAGGCAUGUAUUCGGCAUACGGUGCAUCUCAUGAGAAGAUGGCCUGGGAAGCCCGAAUGGAGCCAAAGAUUGUCGAAGUCUUUGAGAAGCUGUGGGGCACCAACGAACUCAUCACUUCGUUUGACGGAAUGAACAUUUCCAUGCCGAACCGAAAAGACAUUACCUGGAGUCCGUGGCCACACUGCGAUCAGAACCCCGAGAGAAAAGGCAUGCAGGCCGUUCAAGGCCUUCUUAACUUCGCCCCCAACGGCCCUAAAGAUGGUGGCUUGAUGCUCAUGAGGGGCUCCGCCAAGCUCUUUGACGAGUUCUUUGCACACAAGCGAGAGUCCGCGGACCACGAGGACGCCCCGCCCCCGGAAAUCAAGUUCAUGGAUCUCUUUCUCUUCAGCGAAAAAGACGUCAAGUGGUUCGAGAGCAAAGGUUGCGAACUUUUCAAGGUCAACAUGGAGCCCGGCGAUUUUGUACUGUGGGAUUCGCGCACCAUGCAUUAUGCCCGAUUCCCCGAGGGUGAUCAGAUCAGACACGUGCAGUACAUUUGCAUGACACCCCGCAAGUUCGCGACUGAUGAGGCUCUCGAGGCCAAGAAGUUCUGCUUUGAGAACUGGUACGGCACUACACACUGGCCCCACUGGGGCGUGGCCAACUCAUUCGGAGUCUUCCAACCGUAUUUCACCACUUUAUUCGAGCGCUCGCCGUCCGACGUAUCAUGGAUUGGUUCAUUCGAAGUCUUUCUCUUGUUCUUCGUGGGCACGUUCACUGGACGAUGGACUGACAUGGGUUUCUUCCGACCGCUCUUCAUCGUCGGCUCCGCGCUUGUUGUGCUGGGGAUGAUCGGCGCCUCGUUCUGCACGACAUACUGGCAAUUCUUCCUCGCACAGGGUAUUUGCCUGGGCCUUGGCAAUGGAUGUCUCUUCUGCCCGACUAUGGCUGUUACAUCUACGUACUUUGCGAAACGUCGCGCUCUCGCGUUCGGAAUUACCGCGGCUGGGGCUACCAUCGGUGGACUAGCAUUCCCUAGUAUGGUUCGACAACUGCUGCCGCAGAUUGGACUCGGCUGGACAAUGAGGACAAUUGCCUUGAUCCAGCUGGUGACGCUGGCCGUCGCCGGGCUCCUCAUCAAGACUAGAAUACCUCCGCGACAGGCAGCGCCCUUGGUUGAGUGGGGUGCGUUCAAGGAAUCCGAAUACAGCUUUUACGCUGUCGGUGCGUUUAUGUGUUUCUGGGGAAUCUACUUUGCAUUCCAUUACCUCGCGGCUUAUUCUCGCGAUAUCAUGGGGCUGUCUUACACAGACUCGUUGGACCUCUUGUUAGUCCUGAACGGUGUCGGUGCGUUUGGCCGAAUCAUCCCAAGCCAGAUCGCCGACAUGGUUGGCACAAUCAACAUUUUCGCACCCAUGGCCUUCAUGACCGGCACCAUCAUGUACUGCUGGAUGGCAGUCACCAACACUACGGGCUUGUAUGUGUGGUCGGUGUUCUACGGUUUCUCAGUGGGAGGUGUGCAAGCGCUGUUCCCGGCAGUUUUGAGUAGCUUGACCACAGACCCUCAGAAGCAGGGCACCCGUAUGGGCAUGGUGUUUACCAUUGUUAGUUUUGCAAGUUUGACCGGCUCGCCGAUUGCGGGAGCCAUCAUCGAUGCGCAGGGAGGGAAAUACUCGGGGGCACAAGCUUUCGCGGGAACUUGUCUUAUCCUAGGCAUGACCUGCGUUCUUACUGCGAGAGUCUGCAAGACGAGGAAGAUGGGAGUUGGUGCGCUAGCUUGGGUCAAAGUUUGA